GCGCUCUCGCGAGAGGAUGGGCUGGUCCCGCGGGCGGUGGUGUUGCCGUGGUGACCGCGCCGGCUUGGGUGGCUGCUGUGCGGCGUCUAUGAGGAGUCGAAGACCCGGCGCACUUACUUAGUCUCAAAGGCUGAGGAAAGGCGGGUGGACAAACCUUCACGAGAGUCCAAGAAGCCUUCGGACACCAAGCCUGCGGAGAGCUUCCGUGAGGAGAAAGGGGCGGCUAAGCGGCAGUGGCCUUCAUCUGAAGUGGGAGCUGGGACGGUGCCGGAGCGUGAAGGAGUUUGAGAAGCUGAAUCGCAUUGGGGAAGGCACCUAUGGCAUCGUAUGUGAGUGGCUACAGUGGCAGGCCUGGGACCCAGGGACUGUCCUGGCAGCAGCUGUGUCAGGGCUGGAAGGAGAGUGCAGAUCGGGCCCGGGAUACCCACACGGAUGAGAUUGUCGCCCUGAAGAAAGUGCGGAUGGACAAGGAGAAGGAUGGGGUCCCCAUCAGCAGUCUUCGAGAGAUCACACUGCUGCUUCGCCUCCGCCAUCCCAACAUUGUGGAGCUGAAGGAGGUGGUUGUGGGGAACCACCUGGAGAGCAUCUUCCUGGUGAUGGGCUACUGUGAGCAAGACCUGGCCAGCCUUCUGGAGAACAUGCCAACACCCUUCUCUGAGGCCCAGGUCAAGUGCAUCGUGCUGCAGGUGCUCCGGGGUCUCCAGUACCUGCACCGGAAUUUCAUCAUCCACAGGGAUCUGAAGGUCUCUAACUUGCUCAUGACGGAUAAGGGCUGCGUGAAAACAGCGGAUUUUGGUCUGGCCCGGGCCUAUGGCAUCCCAGUGAAGCCAAUGACUCCCAAGGUGGUCACACUCUGGUACCGAGCCCCUGAACUGCUGCUGGGAACCACCACGCAGACCACCAGCAUCGACAUGUGGGCAGUGGGCUGCAUCCUGGCUGAGCUGCUGGCCCAUAAGCCCCUUCUCCCCGGCACUUCCGAGAUCCACCAGGUGGACCUGAUCGUGCAGCUGCUGGGGACCCCCAGUGAGAACAUCUGGCCGGGCUUCUCUCAGCUGCCGCUGGCCAGCCAGUACAGCCUGCGGAAGCAGCCAUACAACAACCUGAAGCAUAAGUUCCCGUGGCUCUCAGAGGCCGGCCUGCGCCUGAUGAACCUCCUCUUCAUGUACGACCCUAAGAAAAGGGCGACGGCCGGUGACUGCCUGGAGAGCUCCUACUUCAAGGAGAAGCCCCUGCCCUGCGAGCCGGAGCUCAUGCCCACCUUCCCCCACCAUCGUAACAAGCGUGCCACCCCGGCCACAUCCUUGGGCACUGAGAGCCAGAGCCGGCGCGGCAGACCCUGACGGGUGGAGGUACUCCAGCUGAGUACGCUGCCUCCUGUGCCCCUGCCCACCUCUGCCCUGGGACAGCAGAGUGUGGACCUUGGGGGUGAUGCCAGUGGUACACUCUGAGGGCCCAGCCACCCAGAGGCCGGCUCACCGGGCUGUGACUCCACGUUGUGGCUGGGCUGGGUCCCACCUGUGGCCAGGCCUCAGGCCCUCGGUUCCCAGGAGGAAACCUGGCUGAGCCCGUCUCAGCGGGUAUUGCUGGCUUGGGACAAGCAGACCUCAGACCUCGUAUGGUCACUUUUGUCCCCAGUUGAUCUGCAGGAUCUGCCUGGAAUGGAGAGGCCAAGGUGACCCCCUGGUGGGGCUAGGGAGACUCGGAGAGGGGAGGAGGGAUGGAGAUGUGGACUGAGUCUGAGCUGCUCUGAGACCCCUAGAGUGAGAACCUUGGGCUGUGCCCUGUGCCCACUCCCCUCCUCUGAGGCCCAUGGGGAAUGGGGGUGGUUCAAGAGAUAAAUGCUUUCCUCAGA